CAAGACAACAUGGAGGUCAGAGCUCUGUGUAUGAGACUGUUGAUGAUCGUUAUGAUUCUGCUGGAUGGACAGGAUCAGAAAGCUGAUGCAGUUUCUCUGAGUAUCGCUCCAAACAGAUCGCAGUUCUUUGAAUAUGAAUCAGUAACAUUUUACUGUGAAGGAGUCGAUUAUUGUGAAAUUGUGCAUAAAUUCAAAGGGAAAUUAGAAUCAUGUAGCAAAACUGAUAAGCCGGCACAAACGGGAUCAUCCUGCACCAUCAAAACUGCUUAUAAACAGGACAGUGGAGAGUACUGGAGUGAGACUGGAGGAGGGAAGAGAAGCAACAUCAUCAACAUCUCUGUCACUGCUGGUUCUGUGAUCCUGGAGGUUCCUGCUCUUCCUGUGAUGGAGGGACAAACUGUGACUCUUCACUGCAGAAACAAAAUCGCUUCCUCCAACCUCACAGCUGAUUUCUAUAAAGAUGGACAUCACAUACACAGAGGCUCCAAAGGAAACAUGAACAUCUACAGAGUUUCCAAGUCUGAUGAAGGACUUUACAAGUGCAGCAUCUCAGGAGCUGGAGAAUCACCAGAGAGCUGGCUGAAAGUUACAGAGACUCAGGCAGACUCCUCCUCGGACCACGGCUAUCGUAUUGACUUCAUCUCACGGAUUGUAUUCGCCAUCGUGGUGGUGGCUGUGCUGCUGCUGCUGGUGGUGGUGGUAAAGUUAAUGUUACGACAAAUACCACAAAACACUCCAGCCACUGAUGACAAAUAA